AUGAGUAUUGGAUUAAAAGUAUAUAAACGGGUGUUUGACAACAGAUUGAUAAAAGAAAUAGAACCGCGGUUAGAAGAAUCUUGGAUACUUGGCUGGUUGAUGUGCAAAACAGUACCAUAUAUACAGGGUGUUUCUGUAGCCGCAUCAGUAUACAGCUUGGUUGCAGUUUCAUUAGACAGAUUUUUAGCAAUAUGGUGGCCGUUGAAGUGCCAAAUUACGAAACGUCGAGCAAGAAUCAUAAUUAUUUUCAUAUGGUUUGUAGCGUUAACAACGACAAUACCUUGGGCAAUAUUUUUCGACUUGGUGGUAAUUUUUAGUGAUGCUCCUAACGUCCAACUAUGCAUCGAAGUUUGGCCAGAAGAAAUGAAUGGAUCUCUUUAUUUUUUAACGGCAAAUUUACUAUUUUGCUACAUUUUUCCAAUGAUACUCAUCACAAUGUGUUACGUCCUUAUCUAUAUUAAGGUAUGGAAAAGGGACAUUCCUACAGACACCAAAGAUGCUCAAAUGGAAAAAAUGCAACAGAAAUCUAAAGUGAAAGUAGUAAAAAUGUUAGUAGCAGUUGUUAUACUAUUUGUGAUCUCUUGGCUACCGCUGUAUGCCAUCUUUGCCAGAAUAAAACUUGGAGGUGAAAUUGAACCGUGGGAAGAAGAGAUUUUGCCUAUUGUAACUCCGGUGGCGCAAUGGUUGGGAGCAUCUAAUUCUUGUAUCAAUCCUAUAUUAUACGCUUUCUUUAAUAAGAAGUAUCGAAAAGGAUUCGUUGCUAUUAUUAAAAGUAGAAAAUGUUGUGGUAGAUUGCGAUAUUAUGAAACAGUAGCGUUAAUGUCAUCAUCUACCAGCAUGAGAAAGUCCUCGCACUUUUACAACAACAAUUCGUCGACAAGAAAGAUACCACCCACGCAAGAUAAUCCAGUUUCGUAUAUUUAUAAUAAUACUGGGGUCUGAACCCUGAAACGGUCUACCCCCGUGUAAAAGGGCUUGGUUUAACUUGAGGAAACUUUGCUCACAUUUUCUCGAGAAACAAAACAAUUGGUCCACGUUCGACGAUAAGUCAGCGA